CGUAGGCCAAAACAACAGCGCAAUUCCAUUGGGGCCAAAUUGCCCAAAACUGAUACCAGUUUGAAGAUACCGCUAAUGCCACCUACUCAUCAUAAAAGGCAUGUGGCCGGAAUUGAUGCUUCUGAUAUGCACCCUUCUGUGGAAAUUUCAAGCAAGAAUGACUAUUUAGCAGGAUCCACACCACCGGGUGAGUACUUUAAUAACUUUUAA